AAACCGUUAGCACGAGUGCACCUUACAGACGUAGACAACUUGAAAACAUGUCGAAUAAAGCUAUGAAUUACCAAAUUUGGUCAAUUAUCAUUAUGGUGUCAAGCUUAUGUGCAGUAUGGAUUACACUUAGGCCUAGCAUGAACGUUAUCAACAAACCCAUAUCUAACUCAGAGCAAACACGACAGCAUCAGUUCACAAUACUUUAUUAUGGAGCGCCGUCGUAUCAUACAAAAAAUAAAAAAAACACUGACUUUUUUAAUGGCUGCGAAUUUCAGAAUUGUAAGAUAGUUUUUGAUCGUUCCGUGCUCAAUACAAGUGAUAUUGUUUUAUUUGAACAAACUAUGUUAAAGGAUAAGAUGCCAAAGAAAAGAAAUAAACAGACCUGGGUAUAUGAAACAUAUGAAACUCCAUACCAUACACAAACUGUUGACAAACAUUUUCAAUUCGAUUGGACAAUGUCUUAUCGUCACGAUUCAGAUGCUUUCUCGCCGUAUGGAAUAAUCAAACUACGUUCUAGUACCACAGAACAAAAUUAUACGUCUAUUUAUUCCAGAAAGACUCACAAUGUUGCAUGGAUAGUUAGUAACUGUCAUACAGUUUCAAAAAGGGAAGCUUAUGUUCGUCAAUUAUCAAAGUAUAUCGAUGUGGAUAUUUAUGGCAGAUGUGGUAAUUUCUCAAUUGCGGGUACACCAUAUGAAAGCAGGAAGAGACUUAGUGAAAAAUACAAAUUUGUUUUAUCGUUUGAAAACUCAUUGUGUAAAGACUACAUGACUGAAAAAAUCUUUUCUGUCUAUGUUGCUGAUGUAAACAUAAUUCCUAUAGUAAGAGGUGCACCAAACGUAGGAGAUUAUUUACCAGUAAAUACCUACAUAUCAACAUCAGAUUUUACCUCUCCUAUGAAAUUGGCCAGAUUCCUUAAAAAGGUUGGAAAUAGCGAGACCUCUUAUAUUUCUUAUCUUAAGGAAAAAGACAAAUAUUAUACCUACUCUAAUCCAAAUGACGAGACAGGAAUGUGUAACCUAUGUAGACUCAUUAACAGAGGAUAUCAGAGGAGAUAUACUUUAAAUAUUCAUCAAUGGCUUUGGGAGGGACAAUGUAUUAGUCCAAGUGAUGUGUAACCUAUGUAGACUCCUUUACAGAAGAUAUCAGUGAACAUUGAACUGGCUA